CCCAUCAACGAAAGAAAAGUAAAACAACAGCGUUAAGCAGUGAAGAAUUUCAAAAGUAUGGAUUCCUUGGAGCGUUUAUUGCGCGCUGCUCCUCUGCCGCGCACGUUGACCAGCGUGAAUGGCGCUGUCGCUAAGGGUCAACAACGCGCUUUGGUACACGCCUCUUUGGCAGCAGCCACAGUCGGACGCAAGGGUCGUCAUUUGACUGGCACCUUUUGCCUUACCGGCGACACCAUGGAGGGCAUUAUACAGUGUUUGGUCUUUUUGAAAGCGUUUUCGGUGAGUUGUGCGAUUAUCUACCUACCGCUACUAAUGCGUACACAACACUACUCCGUGCACUGA